CACCAUCUGCCCGUAAACCCACAACCUGCAAGGCGCAUACUAGCGCGUCAGCUCUCCCGUGUGGGUCUGGGGAUCCAGACGCCCCUUUACCCCAGUUCUAAAAACAGGACCCCAGCCCAGCCUAACCGUGCAUAUAUCCCACCUACCACCACCACCGCCGUCCUUCCCACUCUACAGCGUAUCCGUAUCCAUGACGCGUUUACCAGCCGUCUCUCCUGAACGCGCCCGCCGUCGCCAAGUGCAGCAGCGCCACUGCCAAUUGAGCCGCCAACCGCUUGGCUUACCGCGGGGCGUGUGAUAUCGAACCAGACCCCCGACUCGACAUUGCACGAACACGACAACGACAACCAUCGACGUUGUUGGGCCGCGGAUAUGGAGAAACCAUACUCAGAUACUGCACAUACGACGACGACGGAAUCGCCGGCCCCGGGCUUGAUCCGCGCGGCGAGUGUAAAGCUGAUGGAAGCCCGGCUGCCACCGGGUGCGUGGGCGGCGACGGCAACCAGUGUGUCGAAGGCGCCUUCGUUGACUGACAUCCGCAAGGGCGCGUUUGACGCUGAGGGCUGGAAUGAGGACGCGCAGAGGCAAAGAGCUGGGUCAGGAGGUAGUCAGGGUGGCCUGACACACGGCGUUCUGCCAACCGAGGGUCCUUAUCGUGUUUUGACGCCAAACUCAGAGGCCGUCCCCCUGGUUGCGCACGAGCGGACUUCAUACGAGGCGUCGAAUCGAGCGCCCCAGUACGAUGGCCACGACAAAGAUGCCGUUUCUGGCCUCGAAGCAAAACACAGCUCCUCGACAGGUGACGGCGCAUCACGCCAGGCAUUGCGACACUCAGGCGAGUACGCAAACGGCUACACCCCACCCCCAAAACUCCCCUGGACCCGCACCCUCACCAUCAGCCUCACCGCCUUCUGGAAAUGGUGCCGCACCCCCACGGGCUUCCUCAUCACGCUCUACGCCCUCAACGUCGUAGGCUGGGGCGGCAUGCUCUUCCUGCUCCUCUGCAACGCCGCGCCCGCAAUGUGCAUCCCAUCCUGCAACGACAUCAACUCGCCGCGCAGAAAAUGGGUAGAAUGGGACUCCCAGAUCCUGAACGCCUUGUUCUGCGUCACGGGCUUCGGCCUCGCUCCCUGGCGCGCACGCGACCUCUACUGGUGGACGCUAUGGCGCGUCGGCGGCAAGACGGAGGGAAUCCGCCGCAUCGCUGGUAUUCAUCGCGGGUGGUUCCGCCUCCCUAACUCCAACACCCUGCCCGAACUCGCGGACGCAGAUAGCGUCGAUCCAAACAACCCCGCCGUCCCCAUCCCGGUGUCGUCCAUCCCCGACCCCCCGCCCACGGGCGCACGCGCCCCGUCUACGCAAAACUGGAAAGUCGACUUCGUCUUGUGGAUGAACAUGUGGAAUACGUUCUUUCAGAUCGUGCUCUGCUUUUAUAUGUGGCAUUAUGAUCGGAUUGAGCGGCCGUCGUGGGCGACGGGCAUGUUUGUCGCGUUGGGGUGUGGGGUUGCGGGCGCGGGGGGGGUUAUGAUGUGGCGCGAGGGGAAGGGGAUUAAGAAGGUGGAGGGUGUCCCGAUGGAGGGUAGGCCGGAUGUCGAGGCGGGUGAGGCGGGGGGGAUUCCGCUUGUUAGGGUUGUGGCGGGGAAGGCGGGGAAGUAG